CAUCGAUCAGUGAGUCACUUACACUCACCAUUCAAGUUGUUCUCAUCUCCAGUUUGUCGCCGUCAAAUCUCAUCCACGGCGGAGUCGGUGCAGCGCAGCUUGUUCCCGCCGCCAGCAGGGAUCUGAGCCACCCUCAACCGAAGAAGCAAAGGUUUUUCAUCAGGUGCAAUGAUGGGCAAUAAUGAGGAAAUAAAAGGGGACAAACUUGUUUUAAGAGGACUCAAGUUCCACGGGUUUCAUGGGGUGAAGUCGGAAGAAAGGAAUCUGGGCCAGAAGUUCUUGGUAGACAUAGAUGCAUGGACGGACCUCCAAGCAGCUGGUAAAUCGGACUGUUUGUCAGAUACAGUUAGUUAUUCUGACAUAUACCGCUUAGUCAGAGAAAUUGUGGAGGGACCGCCUAAGAAUCUUCUGGAGUCGGUGGCUCAACAAAUUGCAUCGACAACCUUGAUCAAGUACCCUCAGAUAUCUGCUCUUCGUGUCACAGUCGGCAAGCCGCAUGUUGCUGUUCAGGGUCCGGUUGAUUACUUGGGCGUGGAGAUCCUCAGAUUUCAAAGAAGCGAUCAGUAGUACUCUAUUACAUUCGCGCUUACUGCUCAACAUUGUAACUCAAACCAACUUUUGUUAACCCUUGUGCUCUGCUGUGAUUCUGGCCUGAUGAACAAAAUCAAAUAUAUUGCUUUCAUCAUCUGUAAUAUAUAUUAUUGCAGAGGCACUUUUCGUGAGGAGGAACCUCGAUGCAACAAGUGGCAUGAGCUGAUUGGCCAAAUAAUCAAGCAAAUAUUCUCUUA